AUGGAAUUUCAAAAAUCAACAAUUUUAAAUGAUGAUGGUGUGGAGAUUGAUGAGAGGCCCGAGAAGGGCGGAGUAGAGGAGAGGCCCGAGAAGGGUGUAGUUAUCUCGGACGGAGAGUUGUCUGACGUCGGCAUGAGGUCGCGGUCACCGUGCGACUCCGACUCGUCUCGCGCUCGGCUCUGGAAGCGGAAGCGCGAUAGGGAAGAAGACACGUCAGAUGACACUGAUGAUAAGUCCACGGCAGGAAAGUGUCACACGGCGCGCAGGGGUCGUGGUCGACCGCCCACGACAGGGCAAUAUGUUGGCCUCGCCAAGGCCAAGGCCGACUACCUCAAGCAGUGCGAGAGGGAGCUCGAGCUUGAGGCCGAAAGCGAGGCCAUCGAGAUCUCGAAAAGAGUGAGAGCUUCGCGAUCCAACAUAAUUUCGGAAGGUGGGACGGUGUCGGGGGAAAGCUCGAUCAUUGAUCUACACAGGAAGGCCCAAGAAUACGUCGAGGCCAUUCUCACCGUGACGAAGAUUUCCAAGAACCUCAAGGGGACAAGCAAGAAAGCCUUAAAUGAGUCCGCCGAGGGUAUAGGCGAAGUACUCGGCGCCCUAUACCACCGAACGACGAAUGACGAGGUCAGGCAGCUGCGGGAGGCCAACGAGCGCCUAGAAGCGGAGAACGUACAGCUCCGCUCGGAGAUCUCCGAGCUGCGACAGAGUGUAGCCGACAUCAGGCGUGAACUGGGCUCGACGUCCACUCCAGCCCCUCCCGCGAAUGAAAACGGACUGAUCGACCGCAUAAUGGCAGGGGUGGGCGCCAUGCUCGACUCCCGCCUGGCGAAGCUGGAGGAGUCUGGCAGACUCCUGCCUGAAGCGCCUGAAGCGCGAAAAGGACCACCGGCGGCUUCGAAGAAGAUCGCAACGUCGCCGCCGCAGACAGGGGUCACAACGCUGACUCCGCCAGCGAAACCGGCCCCAAAGUCUGCAGGUCAGUCUGCCAAGAAGAAGAAAAAGAAGAAGAAGGCGGGUGCGGCUACCCAAGUCGCUGCGCCCAACGAGCCUCGCCCCCUACCACCUGCUCCGGCCGCUCUGACGGAGGGGUGGAAUGUGGUGGCGAGGAAAGGAAGGAAGGUGGGGCCGCCCAAAAACCAGCCCCAGCCCCAGAACAAAGGUGCGCCGGCUAAAAAGCCAAAGACGCCGAAGCUGCGACUGCCGCGAUCGGCGGCGGUGCAGCUGACGCUGCUGCCGGGCAGCACUAGGACGUACGCGGAGGUCCUCGGUGCCAUAAAGGCUGACGGCCUUAUAGCGAGCAUGGGCGUCGAGACUCGCUAUAGGGUCUCUCAGACCGGCGCGCGCAGGUUCGAGCUGCCCGGCACCGGCAAUAAGGAGAAGGCCGAGGAGCUUGCCCGGCGCAUUAAGGCGGUCGUCGGCGAGGACGUGGCGGUCACCCGCCCGGAGAAGUGCGCCGACCUGCGGGUGGCCGGGUUAGACGACUCGGUCACUCCCCAGGAACUGGCCGGCGUGAUCGCCAAGGCGGGAGGAUGCGCCGUGGAUUCCAUCAAAGUGGGCGAAGUACGUCAAAACUUCGCCGGCGUCGGGACGGCCUGGGUUCGCCUGCCGGUAGAGGCGGCGAAGAAAGUGGUGGACGGGCGCCGCCUACUCGUCGGGUUCGUGUCGGCGAGUGUGUCCCUGCUGAAGGCGAGACCUCAGCAAUGUUAUCGCUGCCACGAGGUUGGGCACGUGGCAGCGAAGUGCGACAAGGGGGUGGACCGCAGCGGCCAGUGCUACCGCUGCGGCAAGGAGGGGCACAUUCGCCGGCAGUGUACUGCCGAAGCUUGCUGUCCCAUAUGCCAGGCGGAGAAAAAACCGGCUGGGCACAGCCUAGUUGCGUGCCCUCGCAAUAAAGCAAGUCAUAGGAGGAAAAAGGCGGCGCCCAGGGAUAAAACCCGCGCACCGCCCGCCAACCGAGCCAGGGAGGUGACUAUGGAGACCUGA